UCAUAUAGCUAAUUCUGUUCACAGCAGAAGGCCAGUGGCUUGGGAAAGAGAGUUAAGUUAGAGACAGGGUAUGUGGAAGCUUAUGAAUCAGAUUUACUGUAAACCUUUAUCAUCCACAUUUUGGCAAUGCCUGAUUGUGACAUUGGAGCCAUUAGAAAAGUUGCUAGUGUGUGUGUGUGUUUAUGAUAGUUGUUUAAAAGAAAGAGGAUAACUUUAUGUCUAGGAAAGUGUAGGAGUAAUUGUGCCAAGGGAUAAAGUUCAUCCCAUCUGCAAAACAUUAAUCAGUCAACUUUACUGAGGGACAGUCCUCCUGUAUGAGGCACUUUCCCACACAACUCUGCUCAUGUGACAGUGAAGGUGACAGAUCUGUAAGAUGUGCUGAAGUUUCCACUGACCAUUUGAAACUUAAAAAGAGGCUCAUCCUAACCCUAACCCUCAGACACACAGUGCCAGAGCAAAGGGUAUCUGUGUUGACAGUAAGAGUAGAGUGGGAGACUAGUCAACAUGCUCAGGAAGGUUCUGUUUGGGGGGCUGUGUGCGGCAGUAACGCUGGCUGUGGGGAUCCUGUUGGGGCACUUUGGCAUCCAGCAGAGCGACUCUACGCCGUCUUGGGUCCAGGACGUGGCAAAGGAUGUAGACGAGGACCUCAUCCAGAGGUUCAUCUCUGAGGUGGACAACAUGGAGAUCCAGGAAAACCUCAGGGAGCUGACCAAAGUGCCCCACAUGGCCACAACAGAAGGGGACCGGGCCACCGUGCAGUACAUGCUAAGCAGGUGGCAGGACCCUGACACUGGCCUGGACCACACUUGGGCCGAGGACUAUAGAGUCCACCUGUCCUUUCCAGACCCCAACAAUCCCAAUACAGUCACAGUGGUGAGCUCCUCCGAUUCUGUCCUGUACUCGGCCAGAGAGAAGGAGAAGCCAUACGAAGCUGCCCAGAGCGACCCUGCGGUGGUCCAGCCCUACGCCGCUUACUCCCCUGCUGGAAACGUCAAGGGUAAGCUAGUGUUCGCCAACCAAGGCAAGCCAAGUGACUACCAGCUGCUCAACCAAACCCUGGAUCUGGCAGGGACCAUUGCCAUAGUGAGAUAUGGUGGAGAAGGAAGAGCUGGGAAAGCCAUCAAUGCAGCACCUUAUGGCGUGGUAGGAGUGCUUGUAUAUACCGAUCCAUUGGACAUCAAUGAUGGCAAGAUGUCUGAAGACAAUGAGACAUAUCCCCAUUCCUGGUACAUGCCCCCUUCUGGGGUGGAGAGAGGCUCCUACAACACAGACUUCGGAGACAUGCUUACACCUUACCUGGCGGCUAAAGAGGAAACUUACAGAAUACCAUCGAAGGACAUCAAAGGGAUCCCUCCUAUUCCCACUCAGCCAAUAGGAUUUGAGGAUGCGUAUGCCUUGAUCUGUGAGCUGGGUGGUCCAGAAGCCCCAGACACAUGGCAAGGAGGGUUCAACUGCACAUACAACUUUGGGGGCCCAGGAUUCCAACCCCUUUCUGCUUUCAACAACAGCGAUGUGAAGCUGGAUGUCUAUAACAAGGAGGAGCUGAAGGCCUCCUCCAAUGUGAUGGGGGUGAUCAGAGGCAGUGUUGAGCCUGACAGAUACGUCAUCUAUGGCAACCAUAGAGACAGCUGGGUUCAUGGGGCCAUCGACCCCAGCAGCGGAACCUCCGUUAUGCUGGAGUUGACUAGGGUGCUGGGAAGGAUGGUGAAGCAGGGGACAUGGAAGCCUCGCAGGUCCAUCAUCUUUGGCAGCUGGGGCGCGGAGGAGUUUGGUCUGAUUGGGUCAGCAGAGUACACCGAGGAGUACUUCACCAAACUAAGUGAGCGCACUGUCGCUUAUAUCAAUGUGGAUAUUUCAGUUUUUGCCAAUGCCACAUUAAGAGCUUCAGGGUCACCCUCAGCUCAGAGCGUCAUCUUCAAAUCCUCCAAACAGGUCAAGAUACCUGGAUCAGAUUCCACCUCUGUUUACGACAACUGGAUCCGCUACUCUAACAGGAGCAGUCCUGUUUAUGGAGUCAUUCCUAAUGUGGGCUUCCUGACUGGAGCAGGAAGUGACUAUGCCCCUUUCAUUCACAACCUGGGGAUCACCUCCAUGGACAUCUCCUACACGUAUGACAGGACUAAAACAAAAGCGAGAAUCUACCCUGCCUACCACACGGCAUACGACACCUUUACCUACGCAUCCAAGUUCAUUGACCCAGGAUUCACCAGUCACCAGACCGUAGCCAGGACAGCAGGGAACGUUCUGAUGCGUCUAGCCGACAGCCUCCUGCUGCCGCUCAACUGCAGUGACUAUGCAGAGAGCUUGGAGGCCUUCCUGCACGUGGCACUGGAGCUGUACAAGCAGCCCCUGGACGCACACAGCAUCUCCCUGAUGCCGUUACAGUCAGCCGUGACCAGGUUUCGCUCGGCUGCUAGUCGUUUGGACCAGGUCAUUCGAGACUCAGAUCUGGCCAGUGAGACGCCCCUGAAAGUUCGUAGGAUCAACGACCAGCUCAUGCUCCUAGACCGGGCCUUCCUGGACUCACAGGCAUUCCCAAAGGAAUAUGGAUUCAGGCACGUGUUCAGGCCUGCCUCUGUCAAUGGACGCUUCACCUUCCGCAGCCUGGCAGAUGCCUGUGCAAACGCCAUGGCAACAGGACUGGCAUCUGAUUGGCAGAAAGCUCACCACCACGUGUCAAUCCUGAGCCAGGCCAUUGCAGGGGCCGCCUCCAUUCUAGACGAUGUCAUCUAGCACCAGGAAGUCUUUAUGGUUACCUCAGGGAUGAAACAACCUCUGACCUAUGAAACUCAUUGCACUUCUUAUGACAUACUAAUGUAUUGUACGUAAAAAAACAACAUAUUUUUGUGAACUCCAUGUAAUUCCAGCUCAUUUUCAUAUAAUGAAGAAGUCAAUAUUGCACCUUACAUUUACAUUCAUUUAGUAUGUAAUGAGA